CAAACCACCUAACAUAAACAUGUACUUAAAUAUAUAAUGUAAUUAUUGCAUUGUCAUGUGAUUUAUGUAAAAUUAUCAAUAAGAAAUAAAAUGACACUCAAUGCAACAGAAAAGUAUGUUUUUGUGAUUCUAAGCACACAUUAAUUCAUUUUGUAUUUACUCUACUGGUAUACAGAAGGUGCUUGUAUAAUUGGAGUUUGCAUGUUCUGCCGUGGUCGCGUGGAUUUUUCGCCAGGUCCUCCGGUUUUUCCCUCCACAUUUAGAAUAGUGCGUUUAGAGUAUUUGGCUGCUAUACAUUUCCACAGGAUAAGCCACUUCGUUGAGGUAUCAUUUGUGGUCAGGUCGCUUCUGAAAAAUAGCGAAUCGCAAGUGUUCCUUCAGGUUUAGCUGACCAGGACGUUUUUGUUUCGUUGUUGCUGUGCUCACGCGUCACGGAUCUCUCUGGUAAGAUAACCGGCCAACUGGUUGAAGGUUCGUGGAACAGAUCAAUAUAAUCUUAACUUUAUUUUUCAAAGCAUUAAUCUUAGCCGCAGAACUAGUUGAACUUAAUGUCGUAAACCAUCGUUUAUUUCAAAGUACGUCAUUCAAGAACCACAAAACCAUUCUGAAAAUACAACAGCCAGGACAUUUCUGAAGCGAUGUUGAAAUUGAGUCCUCUUGGUCAGGCUUGUACAUACGACAAAAAGUGCACAUGUCACUGAGCCUGGAGGGGUUGUUUGUGAGCACACUCAUCCACACACGCAGGUGCACACAUGUAUCCGUCUCGAUGUUCCGCACAAGCACACCGUACAUUCAAACGUCAAACAGUGAAACGUGAUGCCCACGAAUGUGGCAACAAAGUGGUGAUGUCACCUGCUGCUGCUACUGUUUGUAUAAAAGUACAGCCUCCAUAGAUCUCUGCGCCGAGUGUGCGCAGCUCGUUCAGUGCCGUAUCACUGCAUCGCUGUGAACUGACCAGAGGCUCCCGUCCAGUCCUCCUGCUGCUGACAGCGGUCCUCGUCGACUGAUGGCUGCCCGUGGACUGCACAGCACGGUGGUAGUGUGGCUCAUAUGCUGCCCUCUUAUCACUCUGGUUGAUGGAACAUUCCUCACCAUGGGCAACUUGAACUUGGACAAGGGAUAUGAGCGAAGACUGAGGCCCAAUAUUAAUGGAGACCCUGUUGUCGUAACAUGCAGCAUGAUCAUCAAGCGCUUUGGACCCGUCCAGGAGACUUCGAUGGACUACCAGACGUCCAUAAUCCUGCAAAUGAGGUGGAACGAUUAUCGUUUGCAGUCGCUUUUUACCCCUACUUCUAACAAUUCGUACGACCUCGGCAACAACUACAUCGACAGCAUCUGGAAGCCCUGCCUUUUCUUCGAAAACGAGAAGACGGCGAGCGCACACGCAAUCAUAGCGGACAACAAGAUGCUGCGUCUCUUCAGCAACGGGGACGUCUUCUACACCAUGAGGUUGACGAUGUCACUUGAGUGCGCAAUGGCGCUGAAUGACUACCCCAUGGAUUCGCAGAAGUGCCACAUGAACCUGGAGAGCUACGGAUACACAACGCACGAUGUGAUUUUGAAGUGGAAUGACACCAACCCGAUCGUGUUCAACACGAGUCGCAUCGUCACCACCUUCACGGUGUACGAAGACGGAAAGCUCGGCGACUGCACGCAGACGUAUGGGACUGGCACAUUUUCCUGCAUCUCACUGGAAAUCACGCUUUCACGUGACAUUGGCUACAAUUUGAUCCAGAUCUACAUCCCCAGCAUGCUGCUCGUCAUAAUCUCCUGGUUCUCCUUCUGGAUCGACAUGAGCGCCGCGCCAGCGAGAGCUGGGCUGGGCAUCACCACCAUCCUCACGAUUACCACACAGAGCUCAGCUGCCAACGCACAACUGCCCAAGGUCUCCUACAUCAAAGCGAUAGAUGUGUGGAUGGGGAUGUGCCAGGUAUUCGCAUUUGCCGCACUACUGGAAUUUGCAGCUGUCAAUGUGAUGGCGCGACAGAACAAGCGGGCGAUGAAGGAGCUGAAGAAGAAAUCGGACAGCUCAAAGGAAAUGCCGGAUGAGCAAGAGCUGAAGAACAUGUUCGUCACACAAGCACAGACCAUUGACCGCAUCUCCCGCAUUGUGUUCCCUACCACCUUCCUCAUCCUCAACAUUUUCUAUUGGGUCUUCUACAAAGUGGUGCUCAAGUUCCGCUAGAGAAGACAUAUCCAACCUUGCUUAUCACUAAGCUUCCAAGAAAAUCUUGAGAGCACUUGCAUGUUUCAUAUGUUACUGGUGAAUCGCUGAUGUUUUUCAAAAAGAAUACCAUUAAACCAAAAAGAUAAAAUUAAAUGUGUUGGGGGGUAAUAGCACCUGUAAGUGGUAAUUUCAUCUUCCACUGGGUUUUUUUACGUUAUGAAAACUCAGUUAAGGCUGAAUGUAUAUAACAUAAACAUGAACGCAUUCAUUAGUCGUUUGUGGUAACAAAAUGAUCGAUGGGAACAACACUCCCCCACUCACCCAGCCUUGCCUCCACAUAACCUCCAUGCAGGUACUCCGACAUGGCUGAUGUUGAUGUUUCCCGUGUGACUUGUUACGCUCCAUUGGCCUGACCACGCAACAACGUUACAUACCAAAGAAAUGACGUCAAGCUCGGUGAAUAAGGGGAAGAGGGAAGAGAACGCAUGGUGGAGAUGGGGCAUUGGAAACAUAUCGUAUCUGUUAAAAUAGAAACGUUGAGCAGAUAGCUUUAUUUACAUGUGUUUGUUAACUUUCAUAUGGAAGAAAGUGAGAAUAAAACCACGUGAGUUUUAAUUAACACAUUAUUCAUAUUCGAAGGUGUCUCAAACAGCAACUUGACAACAGAUGUCUUCACAAUGAUCGCUGGUUUCCUUGACUUACAUGACAAUAUAACAUUCUGAAAUUACCUCAUGAAAUAUAAUUUCGUUAACGUGUGUGCGAUUGCGUAUAAGGCUAGUGUCUGUACAAUAAUGUUUAGAGCCAUGAUAUAUGUUUGCUCGUGUACAGCAGCCUGCUUUGUGAGCUAUUAAACAAGCCAAGAGCUCAUGUCGCUGUGAGUGAAGAUCAAGGUGUUCCUUAUCUCUAUUUUACCCAUUCGCUCGAGUUAAAAAAAAAACAAGUCACACUACAACUGUGGCCAUGAGACCCAAACGAUAGCACAAAUAGUAAACCACGGAAGAAUUAACAAGACUACACGAACUCUCUUCUAAGGCCCUUUCGUGGCGAGUAGACCUCGACGUUGCCAUUUAGCUCCUCAACAUAUUGGCAUGCGCAAGAAGCAGAAGUUCAACGCCAAUGACGUGUUCUCCCAGCAUUGCUCUGUUUCCGCUCCGUUGAUAAAACAAGCUAGUCGUGUUUCAGACCAAAUCAUCAACCCCUAAUGGCAGACUAAGCUCGUCUUCAGGCAAAGGCACCAAGUCAUAUUUGUCCCCACAAGGACAGUUGCCACUGGGGGUGUCUUUUCAAAUGUUUGAGGUGAGAUGUGUUGUAGAAUGCCGAGGCGCCUUGGCAUAUAGGAGGGCACUAUGUCAAAAACAAAAUAACCAUUACUAUUUGACAUCUGUUGCUGUUUGUGUUUAACUUAAUGGGACCUCGGUAAAGAUAAAUAUUGCGUGUUCAGUUCGUAAGUAAUGAAACUAGUCUCAUAACAAAAUACACCAUUCGCCACUUUCUGGCGGCGACAUUGCAUUUUGGGACCAUUUGAAGUGUCGAAGUGGUCACACCAUUCCGGUAUACACAUUAUGUUCAGUUUUAUUUUACCUUCAUUAAUAUCGUUAUGCAGACAUGAAUAAUAUU